CCGCCGCAGACGCAGACGCGGUCGCGGAGCUGCACCGAGUCAUACAAGCAGCGAGAUCGUCCCGGGGCCAGGAAGUCGGGGCGGGCGUCCAGCCAUAGCUCGACUGUAGACUGCGUCGUGUUGUCGGUUCCGCAGGCACCAUGAGCCAGGACACUGAAGGGGACAUGAAGGAAGUGGAGCUGAACGAGCUGGAGCCCGAGAAGCAGCCUAUGAACGCGGCGCCGGGGGCAGCCGUGGCCGGGGUCAUGGCGGGCGGCACCGAGAAGAACGGUCUGGUGAAGAUCAAGGUGGCAGACGACGAAGCGGAGGCGGCGGCCAAGUUCACGGGCCUGUCUAAAGAGGAGCUGCUGAAGGUGGCGGGCAACCCUGGCUGGGUGCGCACCCGCUGGGUGCUGCUGCUGCUCUUCUGGCUCGGCUGGCUCGGCAUGCUGGCGGGCGCCGUGGUCAUCAUCGUGCGGGCACCGCGCUGCCGCGAGCUGCCGACCCAAAGCUGGUGGAACAAGGGCGCCCUCUACCGCAUCGGCGACCUUCAGGCCUUCCUGGGCCGCGACGCGGGCAACCUGGCUGGCCUGAAGGAGCGUCUCGGUCACCUGGGUACCCUGAAGGUGAAGGGCUUUGUGCUGGGCCCGAUUCACAAGAACCAGAAGGAUGACGUCAAUGGGACCGACUUGGAACAGAUUGACCCCAUUUUUGGCACAAAAGAAGAUUUUUACAGCCUCCUGCAAUCGGCCAAGAAAAAGAGCAUACGGGUCGUUCUGGACCUCACUCCCAACUACAGGGGCCAGAACUUGUGGUUCCUCCCCAGUCAGGUUGACACUGUGGCGGCCAAGAUGAAGAAUGCUCUGAGUUUUUGGCUGCAGGCUGGCGUGGAUGGGUUCCAGGUUCAGGAUGUGGAGACUCUGAUGAACGCACCUUCAUUCUUGGCCGAGUGGCAGAACAUCACCGGGAGCGUCAGUGGAGAUAAGCUCUUGAUUGCAGGGACUGGGUUCUCUACCCUUGAGCAGAUCCUGAGCCUACUCAAAUUCACCAAGGACUUGUUGUUAACUAGCUCCUAUCUGUCAGACCGUAUUUUCACUGGGGAGCAUAUAAAAUCCCUGGUCACCCAGUAUUUGAACGUAACUGACAGUCGCUGGUGCAGCUGGAGUUUGUCUCAGGCGGGGCUCCUGACGUCCGUCGUGCCCGUGCACCUCCUCCGACUCUACCAGAUGCUGUUCUUCACCCUGCCAGGGACCCCGGUUUUCAACUAUGGGGAUGAGAUUGGCCUGGAGGCAGCCCUUCCUGGACAGCCUGCGAAGGCCCCAGUCAUGCUGUGGGAUGAAUCCAGCCUCCCCAACAGCCCCGGAUCCGUGCUCUCCAACAUGACGGUGAAGGGCCAGAACGAAGACCCAGGCUCCCUCCUCACCUUGUUCCGGCAUCUGAGCAAUCAUCGGAGCAAGGAGCGCUCCCUGCUGCACGGAGACUUCCACGUGCUCACCUCGGGGUCUGACCUCUUCGCCUACGUCCGCCAGUGGGACCAGAACAAGCGUUUCCUGGUAGUGCUCAACUUUGGGGACGUGGGCCAACCUGCCCUAUUGGGAGCUGCCAGCGCCCACUUGCCGGCCAAGGUUGACCUGCUGCUCAGCACCCAGCCAGGCCGUCAGGAGGGCACCUCUCUCAAGCUGGGGGACCUGAAACUGGAGCCCCACGAGGGGCUGCUGCUCCACUUCCCCUACAUGGCCUGACCACUACCCUGCCCUGCCCCCUCCCCAGGCCUUUUUAGUUCGGGUUUCAUUCUUUUUUUUUUUUUUUUUUUUUUUUAACUGUCACAAAUUACAGACAAGCCCCAAAUAGGGUGUUUUCUGGCUUCAAAUAAAAGUCAAUCCUGCCUGAAGAGA